CGGGCACCGAGUCGUCUGGCAAGACUGCGGGCACCGAGUCGUCUGGCAAGACUGCGGGCACCGAGUCGUCUGGCAAGACUGCGGGCACCGAGUCGUCUGGCAAGACUGCGGGCACCGAGUCGUCUGGCAAGACUGUGGGCACCGAGUCGUCUGGCAAGACUGCGGGCACCGAGUCAUCUGGCGGAACAGCGGGCAUCGAGUCAACUGGCAAGACUGCGGGCACCGAGUCAUCUGGCAAGACUGCGGGCACCGAGUCGUCUGGCAAGACUGCGGGCACCGAGUCGUCUGGCAAGACUGCGGGCACCGAGUCGUCUGGCAAGACUGCGGGCACCGAGUCAACUGGCAGAACAGCGGGCAUGGAGUCAACUGCGGAACAGCGGGCACCGAGUCGUCUGGCAAGACUGCGGGCACCGAGUCGUCUGGCAAGACUGCGGGCACCGAGUCGUCUGGCAAGACUGCGGGCACCGAGUCGUCUGGCAAGACUGCGGGCACCGGGUCACCAGGCAUUGGAUCGUCUGGCUCGACAGCGGGCAUCGGGUCACCAGGCAUCAGGUCAUUUGGCUCGCCAGCGGGCACCGCGUCAUCUGGCAAGGCAGUGGGCACCGAGUCACCAGG